AAAAAUGGCGCAACUAGAAACUGAGAUACACUUGGCCGAAACCUCAUCAGUCCCAACUUCAUCAUGGGAAGAUUUACCAAUGGAAAUAUUCUAUGAAAUUCUUUCCUUCCUUCCGAUGCUUCCUUUCUUUUUCAAACUCUCUCGGGUGAAUAGAACAUGGAAUGAAAUUCUAAAUUAUUUGAUGGAAAGAGCAGCUAGUGAUCCACGUUAUAAUUUACAUUUAAAUUUUGGAUAUAUCAAUCCAAGUAAAAUGGAAUAUACUGACUUGUUGAAAAUACUUGAUAGAUGCAGAGGUGUGAGGAGAAUUACAUUAUGUAAUAUGACAGUUACUAAUGAAAUUGUUAGAGCAAUUGAAUUGACACAAGUUGAAACACUUGUUAUUUCUCAAUGUGAAUUUAUAACAGAUUGGGAUUCUAGAGGUGGUUUUUCACAGUAUUGGUUACCCCAAAUUAUUUUGAACUUUGAUAAGAUUGAAAAUGACACGAGAAACAGAUAUGUAUAUUCUAGAUUUAGUUCACGAACAAAAUCAUCCCAAAACAACUUUAGAGCUUUUACUGAAUUAGUUGAGAAAACUGUCACACCAACCAUGAAAAAAUUAGAAAAGCUCAAAAAUGUAAUAGUAUUUGAUUGCCAAAAUGGUUGCAACUUUUAUAUUCAAGGAGCAUUACUUUCACACUAUCUGGAAAACUAUGAUAAGAUUGACUUUUGUAAUAUUGUACUUGGUGAAAAAGUAGAUAUAAUCACAAAAGACCCCCUUCCAAAAGUUAGCUCUAUUUCUUUUCGUGAUCGUGAACCAAUUAAGAUAUUAGUUGUAAAAUCUCAACAAAAGUUUCAGUGUUCUUUAGCCUAUAAGAAUCUAGGUGAUGCUGAUAUUGGAGAAUCAAGCAAAGAUAUAUUUGAUUUUUUAAAGAGAAAUGAUUUGAUUAAUGGUUAUGACCCUGGAAAAUUAUUGGAAAAUAUACCCUUUUCUGAUUUUAUUAAAGGAGUUGAAAUGGGACUAUUUACGCUAUUUAGCAAUGGAAAAUCCAUUAUUUUGGAAAAACUUGAAGCACUCAGUGAGAUAUCUCCACGUUUGGAUCCAACUAUUGUUGAAUGUUUUAAAAAUUCGUCCUUUACCGAAAGCUCAACUUUUAAAUUCGUAACAGAAUUACUGGAAUGGAUUCACAAAACACCAAGCGCUAAAGAAGAUUUAUUCGAACAACACAAACCCAUUUACAAGUCAUGUGUGAAAGUGUGUAAAGAUAUUGACAAACGUUUCAAAUACUAUCAAACUAAAACCAAAUCAAAUGAAGAAUUUAUAAUGUGGGCUUUCUUUUUAGAAUCUGGACAAUUGAUCAAGAAAUCAACCAAGAGAAAAGCAGAAGAACCAUCCACAAAAAAUAAGAAAUCAAAAAAGUAAUUGAAAAGAUAAAGAUGAAACUAUUCAACAUUUUCUUUU